UGUGACUCCCAUUACAAGUGACGUGUAGCCAAAACCCGCGAUUCGUCAGAGCUGCGCCAAGAACCUGAGCCGUAAACUUGGCCAAGGUUUCCUAAGUUUCUAUAAUGGCGGCUUUUUUACGUGAACGUCGUAUUCCAUGGAGAGUUCGGGCGCUCUUUGCUGAGAAAGGGUUUGUUUUAAACGUCUGUAGGCAACUAAGAAGGCCUGAACAUAUCGGAAAUUACAUUCAAAGGAAGAUUUACCUCGCUAGCAACCAGCUAGUAAAGAAAUCUAAAUUUGGUGGCCAACUUUUUCCUCCUUUACUUUCCCUUACUUGGUGGGGAGCAUCAAAACCUCAGGACACAGGGACACCACAAUCAAAGGAAAUGAGUGAGCUAGAACUUGAUAUCAAAACAGCAGAUGAGUUAUUUGAUGAGACCAGAACACAAGAAGUGUAUGACCUACUACUAAAGCACAAAGAUUUGCAAAAUGCUGAGAUUGAGUGGAGAUUAGCAAGAGCAUGUCGAGUAUUGGCUGAAGAGUGUGACGAUGCAGAUGCUAAGAAAAGAUUGACAUAUGAAGCUCUAGAACAUGCCAAACUCGCUUUGGACCUUGAUGACAAGAAUUAUGCAAGCCACAAGUGGUAUGCCAUUGGCCUUUCCAUUGUUGGUGACUAUGAAGGAAAUAAGGCUAAACUAGAAAAUUCUAAAAUCAUGAAGGAUCAUUUUGAGAGAGCGAUUGAAUUAAACCCAACUGAUCCUACUUCAAGAUAUUUACUGGGCCUCUGGUGUUUUACAUUUGCUGACAUGAAUUGGUUUACCAAAAAUAUGGCUGCUGCUCUCUUUGCUACACCACCAUCUUCUUCAUAUGAGGAGGCUUUGUCACACUUUCAAGAAGCUGAAAAGUUAGAGCCAAACUUCUUCAGCAAGAACCAUCUUAUGCUGGGAACAACAUUAUUCAAGCAAAAGAAGAGGGAAGAGGCUAAAGUGUGGCUUAGUAAAGCAGUAAAUGAGAAUCCACUUAAAACAAAAGACGAUAAAAAAGCAAAAGAGGAGGCUGAGGAGCUACUUAAACGUUUAUAAACUACAUUGAUUUCAGAGAGUGGAUUUACAAUUAGGUUCAUCAUUAAAUAUGUUGUAAGGGUUGGCCUAUUUCAAAUUGCAUUAAACACAAUAUACUGACAAGAAAACCAAUUUGUAGAUGCAUUUAUUUAUUAGAAAUUAACAUCUAAAAUUCUAGAUUCCAUGGUUCUAAACCAGGAUUACAAAUAACUGUGGAGCAAAGUCUGUGGGAAAGUUUCCUCUCUAUGGAAAUCAGUACAUUUCAUUAGUUAAUUAGAAUUGAAAUCUUACACUGGACAUACAUAUUUAACAGCUGGCUAAGGGUCAUGUAUAGUCCUCAACUAUGAACAGUACUCAGAUUAUGGUAAGGAAACCUGACUAGUUUCAGCAUGGGUUUAGUAACUGGAAGAUAAGACUUACAGUUCUGCCUCAUGCAUUUGUAUCAACAAACUGAAGUGUUACAUGGUGGUCCCUCCUGCCAGUACUUGACAGCAACAUCGCAUGAUUGCAAGGGUGAGAUUUAAGCAGCAUUUGUUGUUGAAAUGCUGUGGGUGCUAUCUUCUGGAAGAUGCUGAGAACCCAGGUGACAGACGUGAGUGUGUUAGGAGUAAAACCUAGUACAAGGUUUAUAACAGCAUAUGUUGUUACAAUACUGUGACUGCUAUCUUCUGGGAGAAACUGUGAACCCAGGUGACACACACAUGUGCGUGUCAGGUGUAAAACCUGGUACAAUGCCAUCUGGGCUGCUGCAGCUAUCCAAGUAAUCUUCUCCUUCAUCCUGGAAAAAUAAAAAUAAUGCUGGAACAUUUAAAAAGUGUUACAAAUAAACCAUACCAUUAAAAUUUAA